UCGGUUCAGGCCUAAACUGCAAUAGCACUAGCAAUGGCUGCCGUGGGCCUAGUGGUAUCAAUGCAGGCUCCAUAGUGAAGAGCCGCUAGCUGGCAGAUUUAAAGGGUUGACAUCUGCCCAUGGAACGACACUCACUUAGACCUCGAUACACAUCGACAUGUUCGUUCGAAUCUUCACAAUUUCUGUGAUCUCCCUUCUCCUUUCCCAGGUCUAUGCUAUGGCCGCUGUUGACACGACCUCGUCCAGUUCACCGAUUAGCUGUGAUGACGACGGCGAGCUUCAUUGCUGCAUGAAGGAUUCGUCUAAACUGGGGGACGUUGAUGAUGAGCAGUGUCAAAACUACUCAGAGAAUUGCUCAAGUGGCUAUGUACCAUCUUGUUGCUACAUCGUGACCGACCUGGAGAAUUACUAUUACUGCCAAGUCAUUCAGUACUCAGUUUGAAGUCUUGCAAUGCUCCACCAUCGGUUCAAUACUGUCCUCCUUCGAUGUGACUUACCUCCAUUUCGCAGACUGGACGUACCCGGAGA